CAUGUGUCGGGUCGUGUGAAUUUGGCCUUGAAGAAUCAAAAUAUACGUCAAAAUAAUCGUCAAAAAUGUUUAAUUCAGACAUUGAGUUUAAAGAAACUGAUGGAUUCACGAGAAGUAAAAUUGUAUUUCGUAAAUCGACAGAUCAACCACUCAUAACGAAGUUUAAGCCAGUAAGGGGCACUCGAUUCGCGGAAUCAUCGACUUAUGCAUUUUUCAAAGAAGUUUUUUUACCUCAAGGCUUUCCUGAAAGUGUUCAUAAAGAUUAUGUGCCAUAUCAAAUUUGGGAUACACUGCAGGCUUUUGCCAGCACUAUCAAUGGUACUCUAACUACUCAUUCAAUUAUGAGAGGGGUUGGAGUUGGAGAAUCAACAGCAACUCCACUAGCAGCAGCAAUUACAUGGAUUUUAAAAGAUGGCACUGGAAUGAUUGGAAGGAUAUUAUUUGCUUGGUGGCAAGGAAAUAAUCUUGGCAGUCAAUGCAAGAAAUGGAGACUUUUUGCUGACAUUUUAAAUGAUGUUGCCAUGACCAUAGAAGUAAUGGUACCAUACAUAUCUACGUUAUCUUCUUAUACUUUGUGUUUAACCACAGGUAUGAAAGCAAUCGUUGGUAUUGCUGGAGGAUCUACACGAACAGCUAUAAUGCAGCAUCAUGCCAUAAACGAUAAUAUGGCUGAUGUCUCAGCUAAAGAACAUAGUCAAGGAACUCUUGUGAAUUUAGCUGGUUCUGCUGUUGGAAUUUUAAUACUUUUACUUGUCCAUGAAAGGAUUUUUAUAUAUCUAUGUUUAUUACUAGUCAUAGCUCAUAUACUUUUCAAUUAUUUUGCUGUCACUUCUCUUAAAAUUGAGACAUUGAAUGAAGAUCGCUUAUAUGCAGUUAUUGAAGACUACAUUUUGUAUCAUAAAAUUUCAACUGUUACUGAUAUUAAUGAUAGAGAAUGUGUACUUAUUUUCCUAGAAAAACCAGCAAAAAAGAUUUUUGGUUUUGAUAUUGAAUGUGGUGCAUCAUUUGAACAUGUAUUAAAAAUGCAUCUAAUACAAGCAAAAGACACCAGACUCCUUCUUACAAUGUUUUUACGAAGAAAAUACCUACCUGUGAUGGAUGUUAAAAAUAGGAAAAUUUACAUAAUUCUUUCAAAAGAUGCAUCUGAUACUGAUAUCCUCAAAGCUUAUUUCCACUCUUGUAUAUAUGCAAUAAUUACAUGUCAAAUGACAGGGAUAUGCUCAGACGUUUUAAACAAUAAAAAGUGGAGUGGGCCAUCAUAUCCAAUUAUGAGAAUAUUUAUGUUUCCUAAAAGAUUCUCAAGGAUUCUUAGCCAAAAUGAUUCUUAUGUAUCUGCUGAAUAUGUUUUAGCAGUAGAUCAAGUUGUUUUUGAAGAGUGCCAUAUAUUUAUCAAAUUAUUAGAAGAAAGUGGAUGGACAGUAAAAAUAAAUAUGUUACCCAUUAAAUCGUGGAGAGGUGGAUGGAAAUGAAACAGGAUUUUUUAGAAUUCAAUUUAAUUAUGAAUUUUAUGUGGAUUAUUUAUAUAUUGUAAAAUAUACUUCAAAAACUAUUUUUGAAAAUUGUUGUUACUAUUUUUGUAAAUAAAAUUAUA